AUGAUGCAACAUCUAUUUAUUUCAUUUUCAUCAACAACAAAAGAAGUGACCAAUAGCCAGUGGAUAAAAGUACUGCUAACUGUGUGCUUCUUACCGUUUUGUACUGCGGUGAAAUGUUUGGAUUGUGUUGGUAAGGAUUGCAUGGGAACAUUCUGUGAAGGUGAUUAUUGUAUUCUUGGGACAUAUGCGCCACGAUGGGGAACUGUUGAAUGGGGAGAACCACGUACUGUUAAAGGUUGUCUGAGUGGACGAAUGCUGGAAAAAGAUAUCAGAAAUCAUUGCGAAACUGCUGAUAAAGAUGGCAAGGAACCUUUUACUUGUUUUUGUGAUCGAGACUACUGCAAUAAUGACAAAGCGAUCCGACGAUUAGAAACUUCAACGGUACCACUUAUCACGUGCGUGUGUAAAGGGGCUCAUUGUGAGAGUAAAACUUGCAUAGGUGAAAUGUGUUCCUACGUUAUCAAUCAUCGCACUAAAAAAUCUGAGCAGGGAUGUGUGAAUGCCUCAGUACCGUUAAUCGAGAGGAGGUCAUCUGAUUCUUGCAUGAUUCCACCUAUUACCGGUGCCAUGCAUCAUACUGUUUCCAAGGAUCCACAUGAAUUACUUGCAACAGAAUCGUGUGUAUGCAUGACUGAUUACUGUAACAGUGAGAAACCGGAAAUUACGCAACCGGAAAAAAUGAAAUGUCAGACAUUUGUUACAUUAGAAGCAAUGGGAACUAAGGUGUCAUCACGAAAUACAACCUGCACCGGUGAAUUCUGUUUCAAAGCUUCCAUCAAAAGUAAGCUUGGACAUAUGACAGAAUAUAAAACAAUGGGUUGUGCAUCAUUUCUAGACGGAGCUGAACUUGCCGAAGAAUUGCAACCAACUGGCUGCGCACGAUUUGAAUCUGAAAAAGUGGAAGUUGAAUCGUGUUUUCAGACCAACGACAGGCGUGCAAUAGGAAGAGCUCGAGCAAAUCAAGAAACCGUUUUACCAAAAGGGAAAAGCAAAGAGUUAAAAUAUAGGAAAACGAUAAAAAAGCCGCCUAAAAUAGAGAUAGAUUAUGAAGAUGAGGAGAGAGAAAAGGAAGAAAGAGAGGAGGAAAAGGAGGAAGAGGAGAAGGAAUCGAGGAAGAAACAAAAAGGUCAAGAUCGUAAGGGAGGAAGGGGAAAAGAAGACAAGAAGGAUGAGGAAGAUGAAAUUGAGAGUGAGGAAUACGAGGACGAAGGGAAGAUGAAUAGUAAAAAGGAGAAAGAAAAAAGCAAAGGAAGUGCAGAAAAUGGAAACGAGGAGGAGGAAGAGGAGGAAGAGGAAGAGGAGGAAGAUGAGGAGGAUGAAGGAGAGGAAGAGAAUAGCGAAAAGAAUGAAAGAAAGAUUAAAAAUAGUAAGGAGGAGACAACCACAACAUAUUUCAUAUUUGAGAAGCCAACAGAACCAGCGAUUCCGGAUGAUUCGAAUAUAACACUGAUAACAGUAUUCAUUUUACUUAUGGUACUGAUAGUAAUGUCUGGUGCGGUGUGGAAAUUUCAGUUACAUAAGCGAUUAUUUCGCGCAAAUUACGACACUGUAGCGGGCGGAUAA